GUCUAUCACAUAUUUAGCCGACCUAAAAAAGAAAAAAGAAAACAUACUUCCAAAAAAGUUGAAGAAAAAGAAAACAAGGAACAGAAAAAAAAAGAAGAAAAGAACAAAACAACAGAGAAGAAUCGAGAAAACUCGAGCAAGAUAUAUACGCAUGGAGAACGGAGAAGGUGGCGGUGGGAGGGAUAUGAUGAGGCGGCCGUUUUUAUCGCCGGAAAAAGCUGACGUGGAUGCGGCGGAGGAGGAGGGGGAGUUUUGCCGGAGGGUGUGGGAAGAGACGAAGAAGCUAUGGCAGAUAGUGGGACCCAGCAUCAUAAGCAGAGUGGCGUCGUACACCAUGAACGUGGUGACUCAAGCUUUCGCCGGUCACCUCGGCGAAGUAGAACUCGCCGCCAUCUCCAUCGCCAACACCGUCAUCGUCGGCUUCAACUUCGGCCUCCUCCUGGGAAUGGCGAGUGCGUUGGAAACGCUGUGCGGGCAGGCGUUUGGGGCGAAAAGGUACAACAUGCUGGGAGUGUACAUGCAGAGGUCGUGGAUAGUUCUCUUCGUCUGCUGCUUCCUCCUCCUCCCUCUCUACGUCUUCGCCACUCCUCUGCUUCGGCUCCUCGGCCUGCCCGAUGACGUGGCGCGUCUCUCCGGCCAGACCGCCCUCUGGAUGAUCCCUCUCCACUUCAGCUUCGCCUUCCAGUUCCCUCUCCAACGCUUCCUCCAGAGCCAGCUCAAAACCCAGGUGAUCGCGUGGGUGUCGUUUCUAGGGCUGGUGGUCAACGCGUUGACCAGCUGGUUGUUCGUGAGCGUGUUGGGUUGGGGGAUCGUCGGAGCAUGCUUGUCUCUGGACAUAUCGUGGUGGGUUCUGGUCUUCGGCCUCUACUCGUACGCCGCCUGCGGUGGUUGCCCGCUGACGUGGACCGGCUUCUCCACCGAAGCCUUCUCCGGCCUGUGGGACUUCCUCAAGCUCUCCGCCGCCGCCGGAGUCAUGCUAUGUUUAGAGAAUUGGUACUACAGGAUACUGAUUUUGAUGACUGGGCAUCUUAAAAACGCAACAUUAGCCGUCGAUGCGUUGUCUGUUUGCAUGAGCAUCAACGGUUGGGAGAUGAUGAUUCCAAUGGCUUUCUUCGCCGCCACCGGGGUGCGGGUGGCGAACGAGCUAGGAGCCGGGAAUGGAAGGGGAGCGAAAUUCGCGACGAAAGUGUCGGUGGGACAGUCGACGGUGAUCGGGUUAGUCAUCUGUCUAGUGGUGAUGUUCCUAAGGGACAAGGUCGCUCUCAUCUUCACUUCAAGCCCCGAAGUUCUGUCCGAAGUGGAUACCCUCUCUUAUCUCUUAGGCGUCACCAUCCUCUUGAACAGCGUCCAGCCUGUUCUAUCAGGCGUGGCGGUCGGGUCGGGUUGGCAGAAAAAGGUUGCUUACGUGAACCUGGGAUGCUAUUACCUCGUCGGUGUUCCACUUGGAGCUCUCAUGGGUUGGGUCUUUAACUUGGGUGUUAUGGGAAUGUGGGGAGGGAUGAUAUUUGGAGGUACGUUUGUUCAAACCGUGAUCUUGGCCAUUAUGACGAUGCGUUGCGAUUGGGAUAGAGAGGCAGCGAAAGCGGUGGAGAGAGUGAAUCUGUUGUCGACACACGACAAGAAGGACUUGUUGCAUUAACAUAUAUAUAUAUAUAUAUAUAUAUAUAUAUAUAUAUAUAUAUAUA